GUGCUUAACGGUAAGUUCAGUAUGACGAAAUUUUUAUUUCAAAAUUAGUUUUUAAUCGAAUACAGUAAAUUAUAGAAACGAAAAAACAAACAUUUUUAUAAUGUAUAUAAUAUAAUUGUUUACAUAACGCUACAUAGAAUAAUAUUCAUCAUGCACUAACUGAAUACUCGAAAGGUGAAGAUCAAAGGAAUUAUCGGAGAAGGAAAUUAAGGUUAUGUAGGUUAUUUAGAAAAGUUGUAAAUAAAAGAUGAGUCCUAAAUAUCUCGAAGUAAACACUGUUUUAUUAUUAAAAACACAAAUUAAGGAACAAUCUGUAGAUAAAUAUGAGCAACUUUUAGUGGCAAAUGGUUUUGCAGUUAAACAAGUGAACACAUUAGUUUUCCAAUACAAAAAUCUUGAAUUGUUGACGAAAAAACUUAAUUGUAGUGAUUGUUACUCAGGAAUUAUAUUUUCUAGUCCUCGAUGUGUGCAAGCAGUAUAUUUAGCUUAUCAAAAUUCACAGGCCGAUAUUUCCUCAUGGAAAUUGAAAAAGAAUUUUGCUGUAGGUGCAGCAACCUCCAAGGAAGCUUUGGAAAAAUUAGGAUUAGAAUGUAAAGGACAGGAAUCUGGUAGUGCAGAAAACCUUCUUAAUUUUAUUUUGAAAGAAAAUUGUUCAUAUAAAAUGCCAUUCUUGUACCCUCAUGGAAAUUUAAAGAGGGACACAUUCAGCGAACUGAAAGGAACAAAUGAAAUAACAGUUGAGAGUGUUUUGGCUUAUGACACAAUUAACAAUCCGAAUAUUUUGGAUGAGAUGAGAGAAGCUACAGAUAAUUUCACACUAAUUCCAGAAUAUGUAAUAUUUUUUAGUCCAUCAGGUGUACACAGCACAUUAGAGUAUCUUAGAAAAGUUGAGAAUUUUACUUCUUCUAAAUUAAUACCUAUUGGUCCUACAACUGAAUUAUCUAUGAAAGAAGCAAAUCUUCCGGUCUUUGGUGUUGCGCAGCAUCCAAGUCCACAAGGUGUACUGGACAUUAUUUUGUCAAAGUCAAUAUCUUAUUAAUGUAUAUUCCAAAUUUUGUUGUCUAAAACAGUUUGUUUAUGUUUAUAAAGUUUUAUAUAUUUAUGAAUAUCUGUACGAUUUGUUGAGAUUUGAAAUUCUAUAAUUAAAAUCAAUAAGGAUUUAA